CUACAAACAUUCCCACAUUCCACUCAUUUUUCCAACAAUUUUUAAUUUCGCGGUAAACUUUACAGCUGAUAAUGAAAGCAAAGAAGUGUUCAUUUUCAGGUGCUGUUGAAUUAUCAAGAUUAUCGUAACAUUCAU